AUGUCUGACAAACUCACCCGUGUCGCUAUCGUCAACAGCGACAAGUGCAAGCCCAAGAAGUGUCGUCAGGAGUGCAAGAAGGCCUGCCCCGUCGUCCGCUCCGGAAAGCUCUGCAUCGAAGUUACCCCCGAGUCCCGCAUCGCCUUCCUCUCCGAGUCACUAUGCAUCGGUUGUGGUAUCUGCCCCAAGAAGUGCCCCUUCAGCGCCAUCACCAUCAUCAACUUGCCCACGAACCUUGAGAGCCAAGUCACCCAUCGCUACUCCGCCAACAGCUUCAAGCUUCACCGCCUUCCCAUGCCCCGUCCUGGCAACGUUCUUGGUCUUGUUGGAACCAACGGUAUCGGAAAGAGUACCGCUCUGAAGAUUCUCAGUGGAAAGCUCAAGCCCAACUUGGGUCGCUACGACAACCCGCCCGACUGGGAGGACGUCAUCAAGUACUUCCGUGGUUCUGAAUUGCAAAACUACUUCACCAAGCUUCUUGAGGAUGACCUCAAGGCCGUUGUCAAGCCUCAGUAUGUCGACCAGAUCCCUCGCGCCGUCAAGGGCCCUCAGAAGAGCGUCAGAGCCUUGAUCGAUGCUGUGAGCAGCUUGGGAAACAAGCAGGAGGUCUGCGAUACUUUGGAGCUCAACCACAUUAUGGAUCGUGAGAUCAACCAAUUGUCUGGUGGUGAGCUGCAGCGUUUCGCCAUUGGUACCGUCUGUGUCCGCAAGGCCGACGUUUACAUGUUCGACGAGCCCUCUUCAUACCUCGAUGUCAAGCAGAGACUGGCUGCUGCCCGUGUUAUUCGCUCUCUUCUCCGCGACGACGACUACGUCAUUGUCGUCGAGCACGACUUGUCAGUCUUGGACUACCUCUCCGACUUCAUCUGCGUUCUUUACGGUCGCCCCGCCGUCUACGGUGUAGUCACCCUGCCGCAGUCCGUCCGUGAAGGUAUCAACAUUUUCCUCGACGGUCACAUCCCGACCGAGAACUUGCGUUUCCGUGACGAGUCCCUGACCUUCAAGCUCUCCGAGGGUGCUGAUGAGUUCAUGAAUGACAAGUCUCGUGCCUUCAAGUACCCCAAGAUGCAGAAGUCCAUGGGUGACUUCAAGCUGAGCAUUGAGUCUGGUGACUUCACCGACUCCGAGAUCAUUGUCAUGAUGGGAGAGAACGGAACCGGAAAGACCACCUUCUGCCGUCUCCUCGCUGGCGCUCUCAAGCCCGACACCAAGGCUGCCGUCCCCGAGAUGAAGAUUAGCAUGAAGCCCCAGACCAUCACCCCUAAGUUCGAGGGUACUGUUCGCCAGCUGUUCUUCAAGAAGAUCAGGGCCUCUUUCCUAUCGCCCCAGUUCCAGACCGAUGUUGUCAAGCCCCUGAAGCUCGAUGACUUCAUUGAUCAGGAGGUCAAGAACUUGUCCGGUGGUGAACUUCAGCGUGUCGCCAUUGUUCUUGCUCUCGGUAUACCCGCCGAUAUCUACCUUAUCGACGAGCCCUCCGCCUACCUCGACUCCGAGCAGCGUAUUAUUGCCUCCCGCGUCAUCAAGCGCUUCAUCAUGCACGCCAAGAAGACCGCCUUCAUCGUCGAGCACGAUUUCAUCAUGGCCACCUACCUCGCCGACCGCGUCAUCGUCUUUGACGGAAAGCCCGGUAUUGACGCUCAUGCCAACAAGCCCGAGUCUCUCCUUACUGGUUGCAACACUUUCCUGAAGAACCUCGACGUUUCUUUCCGUCGCGAUCCCACAAACUACCGCCCUCGUAUCAACAAGGGCAACUCCCAGCUCGACCAGGAGCAGAAGGCCAACGGCAACUACGUAAGUCGAACAACCGUGUGCCACUUUGACAUUGACAGCAAUCCUAACAUGGUGUAUAGUUCUUCCUGGACGACGGCGACAAGACGAGUUAAAGAGGGCACCUAUACAGAUGUUUUCCCUCGUCACGAUGCAUUCGACUCAGGCGUUAAGGGCGUUCAAAAAGGGCAUAAGCGGCAACCGGGGAGGCGCGCUUCCGGCGGUCAGGAUCAUGGUUUCGGUUUAGAGGAGGCGAGCGCGUCCGAGGACGACGCCGAUGGUGAUGGAUAA